CCAUUCAUAAUUUUUUUUAUAUAGUUUCUCUGGUUAUUUGGUAAUUUACCAUUUCCCAUUUAGGAUUAACCGUUGGAUAUAUAGCGCCUCGACUGCUUAAACAAAAACACUCAUAUUUGAAACUUCCAACGCCAAAUUAACUUGAGAGAGAAUCAGAGAAUGGAAACUACAUACCUGGUGGUGACGACGGCACUAUUCGCCGCCGUCGUCAACUGCUGUCCCCCGGCGGACCUGUCAGCAUUGUUGGCCUUCAAGUCCGCCCUGACGGAACCAUACUUGGGCAUCUUUAACACCUGGACCGGCACCGACUGCUGCACCAACUGGUACGGCGUCAGCUGCGACCCAACUGACAGCCAUGUCAUCCACGUUAUCCUACGCGGCGAAUCGGAAGACAAGCUCAUGAUCGAUAAAACCAGCCAAAUAAGUUACAUGUCCGGUUCACUUUCACCUUCUGUGUGUUCCCUGGACCGGCUCACUACUCUAAUUGUUUCCGACUGGAAGGGUAUAUCCGGCGAAAUUCCGGCGUGUAUCACUUCCUUUUCUCACCUCCGCAUCCUGGAUCUCACCGGUAAUCAGAUAACCGGCGAAAUCCCUGCUGACAUCGGAAAACUCGGGAAACUCGCGGUCCUCAAUAUUGCUGACAAUAAUAUCACCGGAAACAUUCCUCCGUCUAUUGUAAACCUUAGGAAUCUCAUGCAUCUGGAUCUCAGCAACAACCGAAUCUCUGGUGAAAUUCCGGCGGAUAUAGGCAAGCUCUCGAUGAUGAGCAGAGUUUUACUGAAACAAAACCAACUCACCGGGAAAAUUCCGACUUCGAUCACUAAAAUCUACCGUUUGGCCGAUUUGGAUCUGUCAAUGAAUCAGAUCUCUGGCACGAUUCCUGCUGAACUCGGAUCAAUGCCAGUCCUCUCUACACUCUACUUGGAUAACAACCAACUCUACGGCGAAAUUCCGGUGAGUAUACUAAGAAACGCUGGUUUAAACAUCGUGAAUCUGAGCAGUAACAGUCUCGUCGGCUACUUGCCGGAUGUUUUUACUCCGACAACGUACUUCUCCAUGAUAGAUUUAUCGCACAACGAAUUAAAAGGAUCUAUACCGGCAUCUUUGACUUCGGCUAAGUACAUCGGACAUUUGGACCUCAGCAACAACCAUUUCUGUGGCGCAAUUCCAGCGGGAUCACCGUUCGAACAAUUGGAAGCGUCGUCGUUCUCCGGCAAUGAUUGCCUCUGCGGGACGCCUCUCACACGAGUUUGUUAACGACGUCGUUUCAGGCUCCGUUUGGUUGGUCACGGUUUGUGUAUUGGUAUUUGAUACACUCCGCAUGCGUGAUACACUGAUACGCGUUAUUCACAUAAAAUCAUAAAAUUACAUGAAUAUUUCAUAGAUUUGUAUAGACUAGUUAGUAACAAAUAAAUUACUAAACAAUACUAGUUAUUUAAUUCUUUAGUCAUAAUAAUAUAUUGAUACUAAUUUAUA